AAACGGAUACCGUCACAAUCAUUUCAACCACCACACACUAAAGACGUGCCAUCAUGUGGCGAAUCACAGUAAUCUUAUUGACCCUAAAUAUAGUUAAAUCAGAAUAUAAGUAUACCACGAACUGGUUCAAAGUGCCGUUAGAUCAUUUCGGGUUUCAGAGGAAUGAGGAGUUUCAGAUUAAGUAUUUGGUGAAUGAGGAACAUUGGGAUAAGGAUGGAGGGCCCAUUUUCUUUUACACUGGAAAUGAGGGUCUAGUCGAGGUGUUCGCGAAGCACACCGGAUUCAUGUGGGAAAUCGCGGAGGAGUUCAAGGCUAAGCUCGUUUUUGCGGAACACAGAUAUUAUGGAGCAUCGAAGCCAUUCGGCAACAAAUCUCUGGACAACGAGCACAUCGGUUACCUGACAUCUUCACAAGCCCUAGCCGACUAUGCCGACCUUCUUGACUAUCUUCAAGAUCAUCAGCUGGUGCCCAAAUACCCUGUCAUCGUUUUUGGAGGAUCUUAUGGCGCCAUGCUUGCAGCCUAUUUCCGUAUGAAGUACCCCCAUAUGGUCACCGGCGCCAUCGCUGCCUCCGCGCCUAUCCACAUGUUCACCGGCAUGGUGCCUUGCGAUGCCUAUUAUCAUAUUGUGACGUCAUCUUUUAACAUCGCUGGGUCCACGUGCGUCGAGAAUAUUAAAGAUUCUUGGGCUACGUUAAGAAAGUUCUCCACCACCGCCAACGGCUCCGAAUGGCUCCAAAAGAACUGGAAGCUCUGUGACCCAGUCCGCAAUGCGACCGAGGUUCAGAAACUCAUCAACUUCCUUCGCUCCAUGUACGAAUUGCUGGCUAUGGUCAACUAUCCGUUCGCGUCGGAUUUGCUGAUUCCACUACCAGCUGAGCCAGUCAGGGUUGUCUGCCAGUACCUGAAUCAGACGUUGAAGGGACAGGCCUUGCUAGAGGGAAUCGGGAAGAUGUUGCAAGUGUAUACCAACUACGAUGGCAAGAGUGAAUGUGUUGACUACAAAAAUGGAGGUGAAUACGGCAAUUUGGACAUUUCUGGUUGGAACUAUCAGGCCUGCACAGAAAUGGUGAUGCCAAAGUGCACCACCGGCGAGCACGACAUGUUCGAGCCUGUCCCAUGGAACUUCACGUCCUACUCCAAGGAGUGCUACGACAAGUUCAAGGUGUACCCUCGGGAGCAGCUCGCGAAGAUUGAGUACGGCGGCAACAGGAUUCAGGCGGCGUCCAAUAUCGUGUUCAGUAAUGGGCUGCUGGAUCCUUUUGCUGCAGGUGGCAUCCUCGACAGCGUUAGUGACUCAGUGCAAGCGGUGAUCAUCUUCAACGGAGCGCACCAUUUAGACCUCAUGCCCGCCAACCCCGUAGACCCUGACACAGUGAAGAUCGCGCGCAACAGUCACAAGGAGCAUAUUAAGAAAUGGAUCAGCGAGUUUAGGGACGCUGCUAAAUAGACUGUUAAUAAAGAAUUA